AUGCAACAAAGAGCAUCAAAAGCAGUAGACGCAGCUUUACUCAGAGAACGUAAAACAGUUUCCAGAAAUGCGGAGAGUGCUGUUAUCAACACUAUUAUAUGUAUCUUGAUCAGACAGUUUGGCGCAGUGGCAACUUUCAGGAAGUCCAAGAAGACUAAGAACACGAUUAAGAUGACUGUUCCAGAGUCUCUUAUUUUGAACGGUGAGUCUUAUGACCAGGCUAAAAUAGCAUCGUUGAACCAGAACUUUGUCAAGGAGAUUCUUGGAGAAGAACCAUUAGAUAUCACAAAGAUGAACGAUAAGCAGUACAACAGAUCCAAAGAAGCCCAGUUCAAUAAUGGUUUACUUUAUUUGAUCAAAUCACUAGGAUACGACUUCACAAUUAAACAGACAAAAAAGGCUAAAUUGACAGAGAGGUUUGUCAAAAUAACAGUCCUCAAAACACCACUUGGUGUCAUUUUGGAUAUGAACAAACUUACUGGCAUUGGGGCCAUGUUUGAAAAAUUGAUUUCAGACUCAUUUGGAAGAGAACAGUCGACUCAAGUCACAUUUGAUAAUGUGAACGCUUUGAAUAUCCCAGACAUUCCAGCAAUAUCUUCAGCGUCUGUUAAUUGUUUGGCAAAUAAUGAAAAUGAAGCAGAUAUGAUCAGUUACUCGUCUGUGGGAUCACAAUGCAAUGUGCCUCAAAUUGUCUACCAAGAAAGUACACCUUAUUACCAAAUGCCACCACAAACAUAUCAAGACUAUCAAUAUAACUUCCAACAAGCUGAACCCAUAUACUACUUUUAUUCUUAA